UGGCGGUCGCCAAUGGUGAAGCGUCCCGGGAACAAAAUAUCAAAAACAAUCAUUUUUAUUACUUCUGAUUGUAAAAAAAAGAAUCAGUUUUAGUAAGAUGAUUUUUUGAUUUCAUUAAUAAGUCUAAAAAUGGCCUCUUUCGAUGAAAAAAUUGAACGGUUGUUGGAAGAUUUUGAAGGAUUUACUCAUGAGCAACAGAACAAGCUACUAAAAAGCCUGCUUUUGAAAUGCCAGCCUUUACAGCUCAGAUUUUUAUACUCUGAACUAAAACCCCUACURUCAGUGGACUUUGUAAAGAAUUUACCCAAAGAAGUGACAGAAAGAAUAUUCUCCUACAUGUCAGCAGUUACUCUAUGCAAGGUUGCAUUGUGCAACAGACUUUGGAGAGAAAGAGCCAAUCAUAAUCCUACUUGGCACAAGUUGUGUGUUCAGAAAGGUUGGGAAAAGUUUGGUGAAGAACAACCUCUGUGUAUUGAGUCAUCUACGGUAAUAAACAGACCAACUUCUCCCUCAAAACUUCCACCUCUACCUGCAUUUCAUUUUACUGAUGAACAAAGUGUUCUAAAUCCUGCAACAUGUAGAUGGAAAACUAUAUAUAUUAGAGCAUUCUACUUACAGCAAAACUGGAAGCUGGGACGGUACACUAUUGCUCCAAUACUGAGAGGACACAAGGAACCUGUGAAUGCUAUUGAUUCUGAUGGUAAGGUUCUUGUAUCUGGUGGAUCUGACAAUACUGUCCGAGUCUGGGAUCUGAAGGAAUAUCAAUGUAAGCAUGUGCUAGAAACGCCUCAUACAGACUCAGUUCGAUGUGUAAAACUUAAGGACUCUCUUUGUGUUUCUGGUUGUUCUGAUGGUGUUAUCAGAGUGUUUGAUGUUAAAAAGGGCCAGUGUCUGAGAUCUCUYCAAGGACACUCAGGAGGAAUCGAGCAUAUGUGCUUUGAUGGACAGACUAUAGUCAGUGCUGCUAGUGACAGAACGGUGCGUGUGUGGAACGUGAAAACUGGUAAGAUGUUGCAUACUCUCACUGGUCACACAGAUGAAAUAUUGUUCAUGUCGAUGCGARGCAAUCACGUGAUCACUACGUCAUGGGAUGAGACCAUUCGUGUGUGGGAUAUUGAUGCUGGUAUUUGUCUUCUGACGUUGCGCGGUCAUUCCGAAGCUGUGUACUGCUGCCAGUUCGAUGAMAAGCGUAUCGUCAGUGGUGGUGGAGACAACCUUGUGAUUGUAUGGRACGCCAGCACAGCGGAUAUUCAAGCYAAGAUGACUGGACAUACUGGAGAAGUCUACUGCUUGGUGUUCAAUGAACACGUUAUCGCUUCUGGCUCGUCUGACAGCACCGUCCGCCUCUGGACCUUUCAAGGUCGGUUAUUACAUACUCUAUACGAACAUAUAGGCGUGGUCAGGUGUCUACGCCUCAAGGGCGACAUGUUGGUGUCCGGUGGUGACAGAAAGAAGAUUGUCGUAUGGGAUACAAAGACAGGAUCCUUGCUCAACGUGGUUCAUCGUAACCCCACGUUACUUCACGUUAUGUGGACAGACGAGACGAAACUGAUAACAGCAUCACCAGAGAAACCCGGCACAAUAACCAUCAUUAACUACUGGUAGAAGUAGAAUCUUGAAUUCUUUACUCCCCAUAGUAAUUCUGUUAAGUUGAGUGGAGUGUCCUUUAUAAGAAAAGGCUUGUUUUCAGCGCGGGAACAACCCAGACAAGACAACAAGCUAGUGGUUUGACCUCUGUUGCUUUAAACACGAAUGCAAAAUGGCGUCUGAAUUCGAAUUGAGAAAACAACCAAUCGCAGCUGGACAAAUAUACAAAUACGGCUUACUGGAUAUCCAAAUAUGGUGAAACUCAGUACCAGUCCCUUUCCUUCCCCCAAAUUUCCCCUCCCUC